UCUAAACAAAGCGCACCAAAAUGGAAGCCAUGACUUUUAGUGUGGGUUGUCAAACACCAAGGUUUACCCUCUCAUAACAGGCCGUUCUGACAUUUUCCAUCCAGUUUUGAAACAUCAAAUAUAUUAUUAUGGCUCUUUACCUGGCUUCAAUGGGGUGGUGGUAGAAACAAGAUGCCGCGAAAAGAGCAGCGCUAUGUGAUCGCUGAUGACUCUGACGAGGAGACACAAAACCCUCUCUACAUCCCGGUCUGUCGCUCCUGGCAGAAAAGCCAGUGUAAGAAACUCAAUCUUCCUUUUGUCAGAACCGUGCAAAUAGAAACGCCCAAAGGCCCACAACGGCUGAGAGAUUUAGUCCCUUUCCAAGCCUACCCUGAAUACGGCGACGGUAACUGCCUGUUUCGCUGCCUCUCGCGGGCAGUCACGGGGUCUUCGUGUUACCACGAGGAGCUUCGCGAGCUCAUCGUCCGGCACAUCUGCAGGAACGCCAAGAAGCUUUCAGUUCUUUUACCGGAGUCUUUUCAAGACAAUCCCAAAACGUACAUCGCUGAUUGUGGGAUGAGGUACAGAGGGACGUGGGGGUCCGAUGUGGAAAUCAUGGCGGCCGCACACCUCCUCAAGACGAAAAUCUUCGUCUACACUAAGCAUGGGGAGACUUGGCAGUGGGCGGAACACAACCUUGACCUUACCUCCCCUGAAAGCAAGACAUACACAGAAUCCAUUUAUUUAAUGCACACGCGUCAAGUACAUUACGACCUUGUCGCGGAAAUGAAAUCCAGAUAUCCGUCUGAUGAAGAAACCGAGGGCGAUCCCAGCCAGGUAUGCCAGACCAGUACAUGCAAACCGAAAUUCAUGUCCGAGGAAUGUCCUCAGAAGAGCACGGAUAGACGAAACAUGUGCAAGAUGUCCCGAUCCGCCGCCAAAGAAGAAGAUCCCUGCCGGUCUACGAAUCGGGACUGUGAUCAUUCGGUGGUCAAGUACUCCACUAUGCACGAAAAUGGCAUGGUCCGAAAGACAGCUAGGCGGCAGAGAUUCGAGUGCACUAAAAGAAAGAUAAAAAACAGGUCAUCUAGUCGCCCACUGAAACGAAAAGGCCCGAAAGCUACUCACCAACCGAAAAGAAAAUGCACGAAAAGACGCUAACAUAAAAAUUAAACACAAAUUU